AGGAGACCCACAGCCCUCUCUAGGAAAUACCCAAUUAGGGUGGUGCCUCUGAAGUACCCAGGGGUCCUGUAACUGAUCAGUUUUUCCCAGAGGGCUUCUGCAGCCCACAGUCCUGGUUGGACAGCACGCACCAUGCUCGGAUUUUUCCUGUUGCCUGGCUAGUGACCCCCCUACAGGAAGAUAACAGACAAGCCAGGAGGGCGGAGCAGCUCGCUACACAUGUCUGGCUGUUCUUAUCAACUUAUCAUAUAAGGAAAGGAAAGUGAUUGAUUCGGAUCCCGACACCACAGAAUCUGGGGGCAGAGAGACAAAGACGCUUUAACGCUGAUGCUUAAAGUGAGCGGAGCCCACGCCAGUGAGCCGGGCUCUUCUUCCCACUGCGCUCUGGCAGUUUACUGCAGGACCGGCGAGAAGACAGCAUUAAAAACCAAGUUUGCUGCUAGCAAAGACUUCCACUGAUGGACCUUAAGCCAAGGCUGCGGAGCCCUGCGCCUGAGAGGGCAGCUUAGGACUUGGGCUCCCACGUGCCUUAAGUCUGCUAAUCCGGCGUUUGUUCCCAAAGAAAGAAAGAAUGUGGCAGAUUGUUUUCUUUACUCUGGGCUGUGAUCUUGUCUUAGCUGCAGCCUAUAACAACUUUCGGAAAAGCAUGGACAGCACGGGGAAAAGGCAGUAUCAGGUUCAGCACGGGUCUUGCAGCUACACUUUCCUCCUGCCUGAGACGGACAACUGCCGCUCGGCUUCCAGCUCCUACGUGUCCAAUGCUGUGCAGAGGGACGCGCCGCUCGACUACGACGACUCGGUGCAGAGGCUGCAAGUGCUGGAGAACAUCAUGGAAAACAACACUCAGUGGCUCAUGAAGCUGGAGAAUUAUAUCCAGGACAACAUGAAGAAAGAAAUGGUAGAGAUGCAGCACAAUGCGGUGCAGAAUCAGACCGCGGUGAUGCUGGAGAUCGGAACGAGCCUGCUAAACCAGACAGCAGAGCAAACCCGGAAGCUGACAGACGUGGAAGCCCAAGUAUUAAAUCAGACAACGAGACUUGAGCUUCAGCUUCUGGAACAUUCCCUUUCCACAAACAAACUGGAGAAACAGAUUUUGGAUCAGACCAGUGAAAUUAACAAACUGCAAGAUAAGAACAGUUUCCUAGAAAAGAAAGUACUAGACAUGGAAGACAAGCAUAUAGUUCAACUCCGGUCAAUAAAGGAAGAGAAAGACCAGCUCCAGGUGUUGGUAUCCAAGCAGAAUUCCAUCAUUGAAGAACUUGAGAAACAGUUAGUCGUGGCUACAGUGAAUAACUCGGUUCUCCAAAAGCAGCAGCACGAUCUCAUGGAGACAGUUCACAAUUUAUUGACUGUGAUAUCAACAUCAGACUCAGCUAAGAGCUCAUUUGGCGCAAAGGAAGAACAAACCAUUUUCAGAGACUGCGCGGAAGCAUUCAAAUCCGGGCUAACUACCAAUGGCAUCUACACGCUAACGUUCCCCAAUUCCACAGAGGAGAUAAAGGCUUACUGCGACAUGGAGACUGGCGGAGGCGGGUGGACGAUCAUUCAACGACGAGAAGAUGGCAGUGUUGACUUCCAGAGGACUUGGAAAGAAUAUAAAGUGGGCUUUGGGAACCCUUCAGGCGAAUACUGGCUGGGAAAUGAAUUUGUUUCACAAGUGACCAAUAAACAACGUUAUGUGCUUAAAAUACACCUUAAAGACUGGGAAGGGAACGAGGCUUACUCCCUGUACGAACACUUCUAUCUCUCAAGUGAAGAGCUCAAUUACAGGAUUCACCUUAAAGGACUUGCGGGGACAGCCGGCAAAAUAAGCAGCAUAAGCCAACCAGGAAAUGAUUUCAGCACAAAGGAUGCGGACAACGACAAAUGUAUUUGCAAAUGCUCACAGAUGCUCACAGGAGGCUGGUGGUUUGAUGCAUGCGGUCCUUCCAACCUGAACGGAAUGUACUACCCACAGAGGCAGAACACAAAUAAGUUCAACGGGAUUAAGUGGUACUACUGGAAAGGAUCGGGCUACUCGCUCAAGGCCACAGCCAUGAUGAUCCGGCCGGCGGACUUCUAGGUGCCUGCGCGCACCUGAAGAGUGGUGUCCGGCGGUGUCACUUCCUCCCAAAGCUUUAAGAGACGCGGCUGCACUGUCUCCUCUUCCACCCCAGGCAGCCAGCACGCUCUCGGGCACCCCAGGGACGCGUGGGCUCCGAUGGAGAGCCCCGGAAACUCCAUCACUUUGACCUCGUCACUGAACAAAAGCACAGCCCCCAAGAAACAGCUGGUAUUGGGACCUGACAGAAAGCCUUCCCGAAGAUGAAUCAAGCUUGCGAAUGAGACUGACAGUUUACAGACUCUGCUGUCACAGCCAAGAAUGUUGUGUGCAAGUUCAUCAAUGAAUAACUGGAAAGCAGAACACUUAUGCUACAGAGUAGAGAUAAUCUUGGAACUAUAUUCUUCUAAGCACUGUUUAUAGAUUGUGUAAAUAUGCAUAUGGCCUGAAUCCAGCAUCACUAUCAUAAUUAAAAGGAAGAACAGAUUCUCUAAGCCAUAAAAAUGUAUUAUAUAUUCAGGGACUUCCUGAGAAGUGCUUAUUAGCAGUUUAUAUUUGGAGAAGAAAAAACCUAGUAAAUGCAUUUUUACCCCUU